AACCAACAAUCCAAACACGCCAGCAGAGAGGGAAAGAACCAUAAAAGAGGAUCCCCAAGAGCCUCACCUUCCACCAAUUGGUCCUCCAGAAACAUUCACCUCUGUCUCUCUCCCCUCCCCCCCCUCUCCCUCUCUCUCUGUUUCUCUCUUUUCUUUACCGAGUUGGUAAAGAAAAGAGAAGCAGACUUCCAGAAGAUGCAACCUCUGGAUUCCUUUAAUGCUCAUGGCAAGUUCUCUCUUGCCAAUCAAGCGCACGUGGAGAGACAGAGGAAGCGGCGGAUCAUCAUCAUAUCCGUCUCUUCCGUUAUUCUGGUGACGAUGGUCGUCGCCGUCGCCGUCGGCGUCGGCGUCUCUGUAAGCCUGCACAACGCCACCGGCAUCCCCCAACCUUCUGAUGGAACCACUGAAACUUCAAGAGCCAUCACCGCCAUAUGCCAAGGCACGGCCUACAAGCAGACUUGCAUCGACAGCCUCUCUUCCUCCGCCUCUGGUUACGACACGACCGAUCCUAAGGAGUUAGUCAAGCUCUCUUUCAAGGUCACCAUCGACCAUAUUCGCAAGGCCUUCAGCCAAUCUGAUCUGCUCAAGGAGGCUGCCAAGGAUGUCAGGGCGGAGCACGCGCUCGAGAGCUGCAAGGAGCUCAUGGACUACGCCGUUGACGACCUCAAGAGGUCCCUCAAUCACAUCGACACCAUUCAUUCAGGCCAUGACGUCGAUGAUCUCGUCAACAGCAUCAAGAUUUGGCUCAGUGGUGCAAUGACCUACCAGGAGACCUGCCUCGAUGGUUUCGAAAACACCACCGGCGACAUCGGCGACAGGAUGAAGAAGCUCCUGAAAACUGCCAACGAGCUCACCAGCAACACGCUUUCGAUUGUGAGCCAAAUAUCGUCCGUCCUCAACUCGUUCGACUUCUCCCUCUUCAGACGGCGCCGGCUCAUGACUGCAAAGCCCGUCGUCGGAAAUGACGGUUUUCCGACGUGGGUGACGGCCGGAAAGCGGAAGUUGCUCGCCGUACCUACAUCUAAAAUUGUUCCCAACGUUGUCGUGGCCAAGGAUGGGAGUGGCGACUAUACCACCAUUAACGAUGCACUCAUGGUUGUGCCCAUUUUGCAAAACGAGACGUUUGUAAUAUAUGUGAAGGCCGGCGUGUAUGACGAGAUCGUGCGCAUUGCCAGUAACCAGACUCAUGUGAUGCUCUUAGGAGAUGGACCAACCAAGACGAAGAUCACAGGAAACAGGAACUUUAUUGAUGGGAUACCCACUUUUAAGUCUGCUACUUUUGCUGCAAUUGGAAAUGGGUUUAUAGCAAGGGACAUCGGGUUUGAGAACAGUGCAGGAGCAGAGAAGCACCAAGCAGUUGCCCUCCGCGUGCAGUCGGACUUGUCCAUCUUCUACAACUGCCAGAUUGAUGGCUACCAAGACACGCUCUACGCUCACACCCACCGGCAGUUCUACCGCGACUGCACCGUCUCCGGCACCAUCGACUUCAUCUUCGGCAACUCCGCCGUCGUCCUCCAGAAUUGCGUCAUCGUUGCUAGGAAGCCACUGUCCAACCAACAGAACACCAUAACAGCUCAAGGAAGGAAGGAAAAGGACGAGCCCACUGCUCUCAUCCUCCACAACUGCACCAUAGUUGCAGACCCUGCCUACUACCCUCUGAGAAACACGCUCCCCACAUACCUCGGCCGCCCAUGGAAGCUGUACUCCAGGACUUUCAUCAUGCAGUCAUGGAUGGAUGAUCUCAUUCAUCCCGCUGGUUGGGAGCCAUGGUUGGAUGACUUUGCUCUCGACACACUGUUCUACAGUGAAUUUGACAACAGGGGGCCUGGUGCGAGCACUGCCAACAGAGUGCAAUGGAAGGGGCUCAAGAACAUUACAACCGACCAUGCCCUGAAGUUCACAGUCGAGGGCUUCAUCAUGGGGAGCCAGUGGAUCAAGCAGAGUGGUGUGCCUUAUAUUGGCGGCCUGUUGCCUCUUGGAUACGCAGCCACUCCUACUGCAGCAUUCACUGCCGCAGCCGGGCCAACAGCCGCUCCUCCUCCAGCAGACGACUCCACAGAAGCUCCUGCUGCAGCAAACACCACAAGCGAAUCGGCACCUUCUCCAGCACCCACUCCUGCUGCAGCAGACAACAGCACAAGUGAGUUAGCACCCACUCCAGCACCCAUUGGUCCUGCUGCAACACACACCACAAGUGAGUUGACAGGCCCCGAGCCUGCUGCAGUAUACAACACCACAAGUGAAUUAGCAUCAGCUCCAGCACCCAUCACUGCUGCGACAGACGCCACAAGUGAGUCACCAGUCACCAGCCCUGCUGCAGCACCAGCACCCGCUCCCUCUGCAACAGAAGACAGCACCACGAGUGAGUCUGCAGCCGCCCCUGCCACUGCAUAUAAGCCCACCAACAUGACCGCGGCCAUUUUUGAUGCAGAAAACGCCACAACCGUGUAUUCUGCCGCUCUUGGUGCGUUGCAUAACACCACAAAUAUUGCACAAGCUCCCAUUUCUAGUGCACCAUACACUGCCACAGGUGAACCUCCUGCAGCCGCUCCUUCUGCAGCAUAAAAUGUUCUGGACCUGUAACUGUUUGGAGAGAACACAAAAUAAGUUUAUUGGCCAGAGGUGGAAGAAAAACACCAUCAAGAACAAGGUUGUCGCCUUUGAAAAAUUUCUCCUUUUCUACUCCAUUGUUGUCCCUGUCUCUCUCUUUCUGCUUUCUCUUCCCACAAACUUUUAUUUUUAAUUUUAAUUUUUUAGGUGUAAUGGACAUGUAAAAAUGUAAAAAGAAGAAACAGCUUGUUAAUGAGUUCACCUCCAUCUUGGCUUA